GCAUGGUAGAACGGUACUUUCCAAAGAUAUUCCAGAUUACUGUGAAAAUCAUUCCAUGAUUGCUCACAUUAUUGAUCAGUUGCCAAGGGAGAUAAGGAAUCACAGCGUUGCAUUCAUACGUAUUAUCAAGAAUUGUAAGUAUUGCUCAAAUUACAGAACUUACCCGCUGGCGUCUUUCUCAGUGUGUUUUACUUCGGCGUUUUUCUGAGCUUCAAAGAUGGCGAAAUUACUUGGGAUGCUAGCACUCAAGGAUGAUGCGUACACAGGAUUUGAGUCAAAUAUAUGGUACAAUCCCGAUAUCGCUCCUUUACCCCCGAAAAGGAGACCAUGGAGCCACAUUGACUAUUUUGGGUUCACUGCUGUCAGUUGGUGAGCAAUUGUUUCUAUUUGUUUUUUGGAGGAUAUUCUGUAGUAAGGAAAGGACCAUGUAAAGCAAGAGAGAGGCUAUGGUUAAAACUCUGACAUUAAGUUAUAUCUAGUUUAUGCAUCACAGCAUGGACAGCCUCAGCCGCCCUCCUAUCACUGGGUCUCACGGUCGGGAUGACCAUGGGAGUAGGUCUAGUCUCAAAAGUUUUCAUCGCUCUACUAGCAAUUGGAAAUGGCUGGCUGGGUGCUGAGUGGCACGUCGGAUUUACUGUUGCACAGAGGGUUACUUUAGGAAUGUACGGGUCCUUUCUCGGAAUUCUGAUCAGGAUUUUUCUCAGUGUUGUUUGGUAUGCCAACCAAGCCUGGUUGGGUGGUUUAUGCGUCACUGCCAUGUUGAGUAGUUGGAGUUUUGGAUUCUUGAAUAUGCGGAAUACACUUCCCCCAAGUGCGCAUAUGGUUACGCGGGACUUUAUUGGUUUCGUUUUGUUCCAAAUGUUAUCGUUGCCUUUUAUGGUACGCAUGAAGUUCUUUCUUGUCUUUGUUGAAAAUAACUUCGGAUUUCUCUAACGGCUUCUUACACAGUUGAUUCGCCCAGAAAAAGUCAGGAUCCCCGUCGCUUUCGCAAAUUUCUUCACAACCUGUGCCAUGAUCGGGAUCACAAUUCGUACCUGCAAAGAAGCGGGCGGUUUGGGACCGCUCAUGCACAAAGGAGCAGACUAUUCAACCUUAUCACCAGCAUGGGCUUGGUUCUACGCCAUCACUUCUACCGUCGGUGGAAUCUCUUCGGGGAUCCUUAAUCAAUCUGACUACACGCGUUUUGCCAAAAAGCAAGGCCAUCAAGUCCCUGGUACCAUCAUUGGGCUCUUCUUAGUCGGAACACUGGUUCCAAUCUUAUCCAUCUUAACAGCUUCAGCAUCAGUAGAAAUCUACGGCAAGGAACCAUUCUGGAAUCCAUUAACUCUUGUUAUUCAAUGGCUACUCGACGACUACUCCCCCGUAAAUCGCGCCGGCGCGUUUUUCUGCAGUCUCGCAUUCGUAACAAGUCAACUUGCGGAAAACAUUCUCGGUAACGGCUUCGCUGCUGGCAUGGAUCUCGCAGGUUUAUUUCCAAAGUAUAUCAACAUGCGACGCGGCUGCUUAUUAUGUGCGAUCCUCUCAUGGGUCGUCCAGCCGUGGCUAUUCUACAAUACUGCUUCAGUGUUCGUCGCAGUGAUGGCUUCAUUUUCGGUUUUCUUAGCUCCGUUAACUGGAAUCAUGUUGGCAGAUUACUUCAUAAUUCGAAAACAACGGAUCCAGCUUCGGCAAUUAUAUACCGGUUCGGAGGAAGGAGCAUAUUUCUAUACAGGCGGAGUAAAUUGGCGAGCGAUGGUAACCUGGAUCGUCUGUUUCACGCCUGCGAUUCCGGGGAUGGUCGCAAAUCUUAACCCAGCAGUCGUCGUGAAUGAAGGAAUAAUGAAUUACUACCGAGGAAACUACAUCUUUGGUACGUCGCCUAUCAUCCCCUCUCUCGUCUGUCUAUUUACCAAGCACAGGAUUACUGGAAGGCGCAACCAUGUACACAGCCCUCUGCUAUAUCUUCAAAAUCAAAGGAACGGGAUUAGAAGACGACCACGAUUACUAUGGAACCUUUGACGAGGAACAAAUUGAGAGGAGGGGGAUUACUGCGUGGAAUGGUCCGAAAACUAACAGUGAGGAUGAGGAUGAGAAUCAGGUGAAUAGAGUUACUCCUGCCGUUGUUGCUUGAUGCGAUUUUCUUUUUUUUUCUGUCCUCUUUUUUUUUUGGUUUGAGUACUGAUAGUGGUUGGGUUUUGAGCCUUUACUUUCUUGAUAGGUUUAUGAGGGGUUCAUUUUCUUUGGAUAAUACUUGGCGAUGAAGGUUGGCAUAUUCAGGAGGGUGACUCGCGGCUCUCGCUUGCUGGGUGUAUAUGUGUACGACUUUUUCGCCUUUUGGUAUGAGUAUAUACACAUUGAGGGUUUGCUCAUAUAAAAACACAUGCGUAUACGCCAAAACAGGUACAUUUUCACACAAAAAGCCAUCAAGAGUACAUAGUAACGAGAGAUGUUGCCAGGCAGCCACACUUUUAAAACACAACUGGC